UGAGCGCUGCCGGUGGCAUACAGGCCGAGUUAAACGGGCCAGAUCGCAGAUGGACGUCCGCGGGAGCGUUCUGUCAUGGAGAGCACAACGCGAUGUGCCGUAAGUGUGCUCAAGUAUCGUUGUCGUCGUGGUCGUUGCCGAAGUAAUCGCGUGUGUAAUAUUUCAAAUUGUAUCAUAGGUUUAUCACAGUGACAAUCGAUAUAUUUAGGCGUGCGUAAAGAUUGUGGUGCUCGUGGUGCUACUAUCGGUAUAUCGUGAACUGUGGCAGUCGAAUAAUUGUAUCGCAGCCACGUCUCUAUAUAUCCAAGACGAAUCUUCAGCGAUUAAAAGAAGUGAUUCUUUGUGAAUCGAAUAAUCGCAUCUACGUACGAUUAACGUUCGAUUCAUCGGACAAUCGAUAAAUCGGCAAACGGUGCUGUGACAUGUUAACUGAGGUGCAUGCCAUUGUGUCUAAUAAUAGAUUCGUGAUUCGAAGUAUCGCAUAUAAUCCACGUGCUCGUUUCGAAGGGCGUACGGUAUUCAAAUAUUGUCAACAAGUUCGAAGAAUAGUCACCUGCUACGUAGCAUUUGGACAACCGUUUCGUGGAAUUGAGUCAAUGUCGACAACGGUACGCGUGUUGUUACCGCGUGACAUAAAGGCAUUGUAAACACACAAGUACGAGACGCACUUCGUUUGUAUACAUUACGAAAUUUAAACGAAGUCGAGCACGUAUAUUCCUCGUAGAACGUAUGUAAACAACAAGCAAAGAAACGGAUCGAAGUUUUUUUCCGGUUACGACCAUUAUAAAUAUAGUAUUUAUAUACAUUGGCGCAAUAUCUACGCAAUAUUUCGCUUUUAGAGAAUAGCGAGCGACGUUUCGAUAUAUAAUCGAUCUUCGAUCUUAUCACGAACCUGGUCACAUGGUACAAACGAAAUCGAUUGCGAUUAUAACCGGAAACGUAUCGUUGUCGAUCGAUUGCUCGAUAAAUGUCGAUCUUCAUACGAAACAAGAAUACGAAAUCCUGUUAACUCGAUCCGUUAACGUAACGGACACACGAAGAAUAAUCGCGGAGACUGAAUUAUCGUUUCGUAGCACAUUUUUAUAAACGAAAUCGUGUGUAAAUCAAAUUAUUUGGUGGUGAUAAGGAAUUGUAUCAAAGUUUACGAGAUAUAUUAAUCGAUCGAGAAGAAUCAAUGCGUUCUCGCUUCUCGAACAGCGGUGUACGACAGUGACAAAUAAAAAAGGGAGUGAGAGACGAACGAUGCUGCUGUCCGGUUGUCGCGGUUAAUUCGCACGUGUCGCGAUGUCGGGCGGCACGGCGGGCGUCCGUGGCACCGGCGCCGAGUGCAGGAAGUUCGCGCCGAACAUAUUCAACAAGAGCAAGUGCAGCAGCUGCUUCAAGCAGAAGGAGGAGCACAGUGCGGAGGCUCUGGAAUGCAACAGGGCAACAAGAAAGAUUUCAAAAUGCGGUUACCUGUUCGUCGCCCCGGGCUGGGACUUCUCCAAUCCGCUGAAUCGCACGAAGAGAUGGCAGAGAAGAUGGUUCGUCCUGUACGACGACGGGGAGCUGACAUACUCUGUGGACGAGCACCCAGAGACAGUUCCUCAAGCGAGGAUCGAUAUGACCCGCGUGUUGGAGGUUGCUGCUGCCGAGGAUAUAACCGGACAUCCGUACAGUCUGGCGAUCACCUCGCCGGAAGGAGUUACCUUCGUGAAGGGCACGUGCCGCGAGGAAACCAGAUGGUGGGCCGAUGUGCUUCAGGUCUACUCGAGGAACAAGGGCCGGCAUAAGAGGAAUGCGACGUUCCCCGGUGGACAGACCACCAUUCUUCAGGUCACUCCUACGAUCAGAAGUAACACGCCGAAUCCACCUCGACCACGGUUCAAUAGCUGCCGUUCAGAGCCCCGCAGCAACACAUGGAUCUCGGAAACGAGCGUCCCCGCAGACCUUUGCGCGUCAGUCUUCUCCUCCACGCCGUCUCUGGUGACCAACAGCGUGGUAACGACGACCAGCAACACGUCGAUGAGCAACGGCAACGUGGUGGAGAACAGCAACGACCAUCGUGUCACCGCCAACGUGUCACCCCUUAGAACCAGCACGCCUCUUGAGAACGGUGGCUCCACCUACAUAACUUCCGUUCCAUCCACCUCCACCAUGAACGGGAGCGUGUCCAGCACCGUGUACACGACCACGUCGACCUCGACCACCGUGUCGUCCGUCAACUCGUUGACGGAGAAGCCACCGAUCGUGCCCAACGAGGGUAGAUCGAGCUACAAGGAUCAACCAGCUAGCAGCGCCUCCCCCCCGACCAGAGACAAGCUUCGAGCGGAAGACAAGGCCAGACGCAGGAUGAAUCAGCACGGAGAACGAACCGGGACCGCCUGCUCUGGCGAGAAACUAGACGAUGACGCCUGUCGAAGGAUUCUGUUGGAGCAUGAAAGAGAAAGAGAAGGAAAGUUGCGAGACAUUGCCGCCUCCUUGACCCAGCCACGCGUCAGGAGGAGCAUCAAGCCUAGGACGUCUGAGCCGACAAGGGAUGUGGUGGAUGCGGCCAAUGCGGCCUAUCAGGACAAAUUUGUUAGAGGCGAUCCGGAUGGAUGUGGCCUCGACAUCUCCGGCAUUCGAUACUCUCCUACCUCCGAACUGAGGGUCGAUCUACCCGCUGAAGAUUUAUUAAACAUCAAGAAAGGCUGGUUAAUGAAACAAGGAUUAAGUAAGGAAUGGAAUAAGCAUUGGUUCGUGCUUCGCGGUUGCGGCCUCAUGUACUACCGAGAUCCCUGCGCGGAAGAUAAGGGUAUCAUGGACGGUGUCAUAGAUCUGAAUACCGUUACCGCCGUCACGCCCCUUCAAGUCGCAAGAAAUUAUGGAUUCCAGACUGUGGCCUGGGACGAACGAGGAUCUACCGUAUUGUCCGCGGUGACCGCUGGUAUACGAGCCAGUUGGAUGUCGGCCAUUCGGAGGGCUGCCAACUUACCAGAUCCUGACAAUGGCAACGAUUCUCUGACGGUUUGUCAGGAUGCGCAGCAAGAUAACACCCCACAAUCACCUACCGCAUCGCUGACAGACCGCGAAAGAGACUCCUCGGUCGUUCCUUCGACGUCAGUCACACCACGCUCAGUCCUGUUUUCCUCCGAUGAAGAAUAUCGAACGGCAUCCGAAGGCGGCAGAAGAGAGUCUGGUGAUUGGUCCGAGGUCCCAGUAUCGCCACCCUUGGUGAGAAACGGCGACUGGCCCGGUGGAUUGAAGGGUUCCAGUUGGUCAGAUUCGGCGAACCACGAGUGGUCGGAAUUACCUCCAUCGCCACCGUUGACUAGAACCGCUUUGUCCAGAGUGAAAGCUCGAUCCAGAUCAAGCUCCAGAUCCAGAGUUUACAAGAGAAGUUGCAGCUCUCCCCUAAGCUCGAGAAGAAGCACGUUGGAUAGCGUCAGGUCCGAGGAUUUGAUGAUGGCCUGCUGCGAAUUAGGAGAGGAUGAGGAACAGCACAACGGGCACAUGCAGAAUAGUUGUCUGUCGAGCGCAAACGAGAGCCCAUUAAUAGUAGAAUUGUUGGAGAAUCAGGUGUCUUUGCUGCGUGAUCAGUUAGAUCAAAAUCAGUCGCAUCCAAGCACGCUUCUAGUCAUUAUCGAGCGUCAAGAGAACGAAAUAGAAAGUUUAAAGUCGCAGCUGAACACGGCGAGAGCGGACUUCGCGAGUGCUGAGAAGGAACUGUCCAGGUUGAGGCAGCAAAAGGCCGAAGCUUCCAUCAGAGAAAAACAGGUGGAUGAAUUAUUGAGCACGAUCCAGAGAACGGAGCAGCAGAGAAACAAGGAUUUAGAAGAUCUAGAGAAGAUGAAGAAGAUGUACAACAGGGAUAAGGAGAUGUUGGAAUGCAAGUUGCUGGAGACCGAAGCUAUUCUUAGAGAGACCAGCGAGCGAUGCGAAAUGCUUACUAAAGAGUUGGCAUCGAGUCAUAGAACCGUCGAACAUCUGCAGUCGGAGAUAACCUCUUUGAGCAAUAGAUUAUCUCAAGGAAUAGAGGAGAACGAGCGUUUGUAUAGCAAAGUUAGGGAACUGGAAGACAAAGGUGGGUUGUCUUCUUCGAAAGAACGAGGAAGAAGUUUUGAUUCUCUCAGUGAUUUGACGAACAUUGAGCUGGAUCUGGAUUUCAAUUCUCUCGACAAGGAAAGAAUCGUGGAAGAAUACGACGAACUUAGAUCCCGUUUCGAGAAAGCUAUCCUUGAGAUACGCGCGAUGCGCAAGGAGCUUCGCGAGGCGCACGCAAUGCAGGAUGCUUUGGAAUUGGAGAUUUUUGCUCACAAGCAGGACGCAGCUAGCGUGAACGAGACGAACCAAGCUCAGAUUCAAUUAAUGGCAGCUAGGAUCCAAGAUUUGACCAAUAAGCUUGCAGCCAGCGAGAAGCAAGUGAGGAAUCUGAAGCAGAAACUGACAAAAGCGGAAACUAGGGACAAGAGGAGAUCGUUGUCGUUGAAGGGUCGCGAGUCCUUCCAGAUUUCUCAAGAGAUGGAGGACAAGUUGGUGGAUCUGGAGAACAAGAUCUGUGCUAUAGAGCGCGGGAAGAGCAUCAGCGCGCCUGCGUCGGCGGGAAGCAGUCCGAAGGAGUCGAGUCCUAACCCAAAGAAGGAGAAGAGGAGGGAUAGCAAGAGUCUAGACCGUACCAGAUUAAGAAGAAAGUCGCUAGACAGUGCAACUAGUUCAGAACCGAUGAAAGUGUUGAUCAGACUCAGCACGUUGGAGACGAAGGUGGCAAACGUGCAAGAGAAUAUGGCGAGCGACGCAGAGAAAGACUCGAGCGAGUGCAGCGAGAUAAGCGCGCCCUCGACAAGCGAGGUAUCGUUGGAGAUCAUCGCCAGGUUGAAGAAAUUGGAGAGAGUGGUGUCGAAGUCGAAGAGGAGGCUAGAGAAGUGUUUAGGCUCGACGCAAGCGGAGGACAAAGCGGAGAAGUGUUUGCGCGAGGUAAACGAUAUUUUGGACUCGUGUUUAGAAUGUAAGAAAAACCAAGGUAGCGCUCAAGUGACCGAGUCAGUAGGCGUAGUGGUAUCUAGACUAGAGACUAUACUUAAAGAUAAAUUGAGCGAACUCACGAAGAGACGGCAGACGCUCGAGCAGAACGGCCAGCUGGACGAUAGGGAGAAGAUGAAGCUGAUCGCGGAGAGAGUUGCGUUCGAGUUCGUAGUUCUGAGACAGAUCAAGUGCGCGAUCGGCCGUACAUUCGACCGUAGUGCCGUUCUCAGUGAAUUGGUCGAAACUAGUCAGCUUGCCUCAAGCUUAAUGCGUAAGAUUCACGGAACUAAGCCCAAAACGUACCAAAACACCAGUUACAUUCAGUAUCUUACUAGAGUGUUAGCUAAUAAGUUAGUACUAGUAGGUGGCGUGGCCGCGACGGAGACGGUGGCCAAGGAGGUGUCCGCAGCUCGUAACGAGAGCUUGAACUUCUUGCUGCAGAAACAGCGCGAGAUAAACGAGAUGGUGUGCAGGUACAAGGAGACAAAGUUGAGACAGCUCGCCGAGGCACUGGCCGCCGAGACGUUGAGCAUGUCGGAGCAAGAGGAUUCGAACAAGCAACAGGCGACCAACUCGAGCAAAAAGUUGCUGGAGGAUAGACGAAUUCGCGAGGCGUGGGCGCUGGCCCAAGAAACGGUGAGCAAAGAGUUGGUGCAGGCGGAAGUGUCGCACGUGAUCAUGCGUUGCGGCCAGAUGUACGAGCAAAAUAUCACUAGCAUCACCGACGCUUGUCUCAACUUCGAGAGCGCGGAGAACGUAACGUUAGAAUCUUGGAUCGAUGCGGCCCAAUCGAGGCUGCGCGAGGAGAUGGAACAGUCGACUCGCGAGCUGUCCAACGUGUACGAAGAAUGCCUUGACCAGUUGAAGAAGAGCAAGUCGGCGAUAGUCGAGUCGAAAUACGAGUCGAGACGGUUGUUGACGGACUACGCGGACGUGAUCGCGCACAAAGCUUUAAUAGAUGCCAGAAUCGAGCUUCUUCAGGAGAACACGAGACAAUUGACGACGCCCUUCCCUGGGGAGACUUUCGUAUCUAGUCUAAUCCGAAACGACGACGUUCUUUCGAGUCUGCUAGAGGCAGACGAUCAAGAGUUCCAAAGCAAUCCAAUUCUCGGCGCGGAGUACAGUUACCUUUAUCAGCAAUUUAGCAAGGACUGCGAGGACAGGAUAUCCGGCUCGAAGCGCGCCUCGAAGGAGCAAAUGAAGAACGUUGGCCAGAGUUUGCUCUAUCUCGAGGAGGAUUUGGUCGAGCUGGGCAAACGCGUUCGGGAGAAAUUGGACGAGAACAGCGAGAAUGUUUCGUGGCCGGCGAAAUCGGCCACGUUGAUUACCAUUACAGACUGGUCGAGCGUGUGCGAGAAGUGCUCGCAGUUGCGCGAGCAGAUAAAAAAAUUGAGCGACCAUAUGAACAGCGUGACUUGCAAACAGUGUGACCAAUUGCAGAAAACUAUCGAGAGGAUAACGGCGGAGCAUAAUCAAGAGUUGGAGACGUUGAAGCGUAACCAGGAGAGGGAUUUGAUGGACAUCAAGGGUGAAUUGGACAAUCAGAGGCAAUCGUUGACCUCUCAAUACGAGCAGGAAGCGGCCAGUUUGCGGGAGAAGGCGAGAAAAUUGGAGCACAGGCUGAACGCAAUGGACUCCGAGCACUCUGCUCACGUGAACGAACUUAGAGCCGCUUAUCAAAGAUCUAUGAGCGCCGAAUUGGAUACAGACGCGGAAACGAGGAAGAGGUACAAAGAAGAGAUCAAGCAACUGCGAGCGUUGUGCGAAAAGGGUUUGCUCGCUAUGGAGAAUUCUCACAGGCGCAUCAUUUCCGAGAUGGAAGAGAAACACCGACAAGAGUUGGAAAAUCUGAGGGUGGAGAAGGAGCAGGCGUUGUCGGAAGAGACUCAGGCCACUCUGGCGGCCCUGGACGCUAUGAGGAAAGCUCACGAGCACGAGGUGCAGAAAGAAAUAGCUAAAUUCAAACAGGAAUUUAUUAAACAGAUGCAGGCACGCGAGGACAUUGGCGUGCUUCACAAGGAACACGAGGAAGAGAUGGAGGAGAUCAAACAGGAAAUUCUUUCCUUAUCUGCCAAGUACUCCUCCAAGUGCGUAGAAUCAGCAGCCUUGGAGGAAAAGGUAGGAUCCCUAACCAAGCAGCUUGCUCAAGCGCAACAACACAUUAUGCAAUUGGACGCGAGGAACAAACAGCUGAGGGCGCAUCUCGUAUUGGAAACGAACGACAGCGCGAACGACAACGUGCAAAUGUUGAGGGGCAGGGACAACGAGAUUGCCGAGUCGAGGGAAGAGAUCCAUCGACUGCAACAGUUGAAGGUGGCACAGCAGAGGCCGACGGCGCCGGCGGUGGCUGGCAGAGCAGCGACAAAACCGAAAAACAGCAACACUCGGAGGCGUACAGCUUCCAUGCCGACAAUCCUCCCGAGUCCCGCCUCACCCCGGAACCCCCAGCUCUCUCCGUUGCAGGUCCGUUCUCUUCUUUGCCAAUUAGGAAAAACCUUCCAACGAAUUGGUCGACGAAGCACUCCACCAGUUUUGUUUUGUCUCCGACACGCUUCCCUAUUCUGCACUUUGUUCUUUUUCUUUUUUCACUUCUUCUUUAACUUUGCUUACAUCUUUACCUUGGCUGCUUAACUUGGCUUGGGAUAAAAUUAGAAGCUUGUCAAAGUUUAGGUUCAGGUUCCUUCACGUGUUGCGUUAUAAUAUAUUAUAAUAUUAUAUUGUUAUCGUAUAACAUUAUAUUAUUAUAAUAUAUUUGUUUAAUUUAUUCAUAUAUUCGUUCAAUAACAAUAUUGUACUGUUUGCAGUUUUAAUUGUUGAUGCGCAUAUAUUGAAUUUGGAUUUUCUGAGUAUGUACAGUUACUUGCAUUAAUAUUUAUUUAUUAUUGUAUGUGAAAGGAUUAUUUACAUAUUUUAUUGCGAACAAUGCUUUGAAUACCUUAUGAAAAGAAUAUGAAUAGAACAUAAAACAUUUUUCUGUUUAAAACUAAAACUGUACAAAUAAAUACAUAUUCAAUAUUUAAAUAAUCCUUAAGAAGACGUAAUGUAAUGUUCAAAUAUUAGUGCAAGUAAUCAUAUAUAUUCUUUUACCCGAGUUUACCAUCUCGAUUUCCUUUUCCACGCGAGCUUAUUAUUCAAGGUAACACGGGAGAAAGCGAGAUCAGUGAAGAGAAUACCGAAUAAAGUGUAAUCCCAUUUACAGAGCUGAUGAGGUCUCCAGCAGUGAGGUGGUCCAGUAGAAGUUGUCGUAGCUUGCCUCCAACGCCCACGCCGAGUUAUCAUCACCCGCUCCACCCACCACUUCCAGCGGUGGGCAUGGUCGCCGAGAGGAAGAAACGUUUCGAGCUCUGAAUCGUUAAUUAACACGCAUACUAUAUUCUUCCGUUAAAAAUUCAUAAUCACGCAUAUCAUAUGAAAGGAAAAAAAAAAAAAAAAGAAUCGUCGAAAACUCGUUCAAAUUGUAAUAAUUCGCGCGUACAAUUGUUUUCGAAUGGUGCUAAAUCAGACUCGUUCCGAGUCUUCCUCAAGAUUCACGAAUUUCGACUUGUUUGCAUUAUCAUCCACAAAAAUACAGCAUUCUUCGAUAUUCGUUUCUUUUCAAAUAUUUAGAUAAACCAUUUUUUAUUUUUAUUUUUUUUUCUCCAUUGACAAUUUACAGGCAAUUCGUCACUGCCAUAGGAAAUAGAGCUUCGACGGUAGAAUGGAGCAAAUGUCAAUUAUUACGGUCGCCCGGGAUCGUGCUCGUCGUAACGUAACGAUAUUGAGCAUGUUUAUCAAGUAAACAUGAUUCAAUAGCCGAAACGAGGCUCGGGUCCCGCGCUAGGCUCGCGAGUUCUGCUUUACGGUUGAAAGCCUAUCGCGAACGAUAGGUCGUUUUCGAAGGGACUGUCCUCUUUCUUCUCCCUCAUAUCGAUCGAAUUUAUAUCGUUUAAUGGGACCACCGCUCGAUAAAGGUGGUUAAUUUGAUACGCAUUUAAAACUUUCGAUGAUUUUUCACGUAGGACCGAGUAGUGAUCGUUUCGAUCGAUUUUCGCGAGCGACGUGCGUUUCUAGGGCAUUAUUUCAGUUAUAUCUGCCGUUUCUCGUCGUAAUUAUUUUGCAAUUAUGAUAAUGGUGCAGUUGUAUACAUGAUUGUUAAUCAAGGCAUUUCAUUCCUUUCUUAUUUUAUCUUCUCAGUACGCGAUAUAUUUUUCUGGUGCUUCGAAUCUAAAUUGUAAUCUAAAUAGGGAAAUAUGUUGAGAAAUUUAAUUUAAUUGAAUUAUUUUUUUUUAAUUUUUCUCGAGAUGACGAGAAAUGGCAUGGAAAGCGACAGAUGCGAAGGAAAUACAGUAGAAUAGUCGAUUAUCGAUUAAUUAAAUUUCAUGCUCUUGAAUGUAGGAAUCUCUAAGCAUAGAAAAGAGAUCAAAAGUUUGAAUAAUUGACUGUCUACUGUAUUGCGAGUCAUUUAUACAAGUGUCGUGGUAGUUAACGCAAUGUAACGCAUAUAUGUAUUGGUGUGAAAGUGUAUUGACAAAUAAUUCGUCAAGGUUGUUACGUUUGCGUUUUAAUUAUAAAAAUCGUAAGAUUUGUUAUAAUGCCAUCUUGUGACUUUACGAGGGGGCUAAUUUUAAUCGACGAUCGGCUCAAAGUUCGUCUUCUAGGGAGGCUUCGAUUAUAAUAUUUUUUUUUUUUUUUCAUUUGUUGACACGUUGUUCGUGACUAUUAUUAUUAUUAUUAUUAUUAUUAUUUUUUAUUUGUUUUGUAAAGACGAUUAGUAUGUUAAAGCGAAAAAUGGCGAAACUUUAUCGCGAUAAAAGAAAACGAGGGACGUAUGAUUUAUUCUAAUUUACUUUCGUCUUCUCUUUUCACUUUUCUUUAAUACCUGCACUGUUUCUUGUUAAUUCUUCGUAAAUCGAAAAUUAUUUGUACGCUUGUUUCGCUCUUGUUAUGUAUAGAUUCUGCACAUAAUAUUGAAUAUAAUACGGCGUUGUCACAUUGCACUGUGUAUUACCGCAUUUUCUCAUUGUGUAAAUGUUUUUGUCGGAUCACGACAUUAUCAUUUUUUGAUGUUAAUAUUGUAUAGUUUAUGACGUUCUCAACUUAAGGAGCAAGAAAGUAUAAAUAACUUAGAAUUAACCCCUUCCAUAUGAAAUGGAUUGUUUAUAUUAUAUGUUAUUAUUAUAUUGUAUUCUAUAUUACAUAUUGUCAUGGUUCGUUCCAGCGAGGAUGUCAUUCGACAUUGUGAAUAAUGUCGAGGAAAGCGAAUUAUAACAAAAAAAAGAAAAGAAAGGAAGAAAGAAAGAAAAGGAUUAUCGAUAACAAUAUGAUUCAUUAUCUCUUAUGUAGAGUAAUUACUCAGGAUUGUUUAACAUUUAUAAUAUAUUACAAUUAUACUUAUUGUAUUUGUAUUAUAAUUUAUAAUAACGUUUGAAAUAAAAUAUAGUAACCAUUGACGUGAA